AUGGAAAAGAGUCCUGACGAGGUUGGGCCUACUGUUAGAGAUUUGGAUCAGGAUGCUGCCUCUGAAGUCGUCGAAACAGAGAGCUUAUGCUUGAAUUGCCGCAAGAAUGGCACAACACGAAUGCUCAUCACAAGGAUUCCAUUUUUCCGAGAAGUAGUCAUAUCAUCCUUUGAAUGUGAGCACUGCGGCUUUACCAAUCGAUCGGUUGAUCCGGCUGCACCUAUUCAGGAGAAGGGAAGGAGGUUUACUCUGGAUGUUCGCUGUGCCAAAGAUCUGAACCGUCGUGUGAUUCAACCCAGCCACUCAGAAAUCCGCAUUCCCUCUCUUGACUCCUCCUUCCCCAGCAGCGAGUCUGCAUUGACUACUGUUGAGGGCGUGAUCACUGGCAUCAUUGACAAAUUGGAGUUUCUUCAACCAGAUAGACGAAAAGCAAAUCCAAAGCAAGCAGAGCUUAUUGAUGCAUUUAUUGGCAAGCUUCGUAGUCUUCUCACCCUGAAAACCCCCUUUCAGUUGGAAAUGGACGACCCGUCUGGAAAUGGGUUUAUUGAAAAUCUGCAUGCACCACUUAAUGAUCCUCAAAUUACGUGUGUAAUGUACACCCGGACGGCCGAACAGGAUAAAUUGCUUGGUUUUCGGGACGAUAACGCACCGACUGAUGAUAAAGAUGACAAGGAUGAAAACAUAAAAGAUAGCGUUUCCACCUUCCAAGUUACCUGUCCCAACUGUCAUUCCGAUUGUCCCACCAACAUGAAAGUUGUUGACAUUCCCUACUUUCAAGAGGUGGUUCUGAUGGCUAUCAACUGCAGUCUCUGCGGUUAUCGCAGUAACGAGGUGAAGUCGAUCGCAGGCAUUGCCGAGCGCGGUAAACAGUUCCGCUUGCUCAUCGCAACCGAAGAGGACCUGUCUCGCGAUAUCCUCAAGUCGGACACGGCUAGUGUCGCUCUGCCCGAACUUGGAAUUGAUUCAGAGCCAGGCACUCUGGGUGGUCGUUUCACCACUGUUGAGGGUCUGCUGCGGCUAAUCAAAGAUCAGUUCAAAUCCAUGAACCCGUUGCUGUUCGGUGAUAGCUCCGAUCAAGAGGAAAAGACGAGGCUGCUUGCCGUUACUUGUGAUAAAAUUGAUGAGGUCCUCUCUCUGAUACGAAAAGAUGCUCAUCUCGUGCUGAAUGACCCCGCCGGGAAUAGCUAUCUUCAGAGCUUGAAUCCAGAAGGCACUGACGAGCGUCUUGAGGUUGAGGAGUACCAACGAAGCCAAGAGCAGAAUGAGGAGUUGGGUAUCACCGACAUGAAGACGGAGAACUACUGA